AUGCUCGCCUCCAUUCAGAAGCUCGCCAUUUUGGCUCUCUUCUUCGGUCUCUCCGCUGCUGCACCAGCUCCUGCCACAGCUUCUGAUGCCGUAAUCCAAGUUUCCACCGAAGCUUUGACAGCCUUCGGCCUUACUGAGGACAUGGUCGCCGCCACCAAUAUCACCAACCGCGACGUUCUCGAAGCCCGCGCCGUCCUCGCAACGCUUCUAGCAGAAUACUUGACUAAGCAUAUGGGUUGCCCUACGGAUGGCAUUUGGGGCGGGGCUGCGCGUCCAAUCGGUCAGAUCACUGCUCAUCGCUGUGAGGGUCCAGGCCCGGAGUAUAUUGAUCAGGGAGCGCAAGGGUGGUCUAUCAAUAGUUCUUUCAACGAGGAACCUUGUCUUUCAGCGCCUCUUUUAAGCAGUAACGCGGGUCUUGAUUGCGAACUUUUGAGUGAGGCACUGGAGCACUGA